GAGACCAUCCAGAUCGGCGCGAAAACUCUGUUUGCCGCAACCCGACCAUUGAGUCGUCUUCCCCAGCUCACUCCCCUCCCCGGCCUCUUGUCUUCCUACAACUACGCGAGUUCCGACCCUGACAGGCAACGCGUUCCGUAAACUUCAUUCAAAACCCAACCCGCACGCCCCCACCCACCCAAAUCCCUCCGACGGGCGGAGGGAACCCGAAAUUUUCGGCCCCGCGUCGGCGCGCAUCGUCUCGUCCCUAUCCGCCUCCGCCCCAAAUCCCCAUCUCGGACGGAGCCGACCCAACAAUCCAAAUCCCAUCCGACCUUUAAAUCCCUACACUACUACUACUCGCCGCCGCCGCCGGAACCCUAAGGCCCCGCCCAACAAUCCGCCGCCCCGAUUCGAGGUUCCAGGGCAUCGCGCGCCCCUGACCCCCAUGCCCUAGCCGCCGCGGGCGCCAGUGCCAUGCUCGCCUCCCGCAUCCCGCCCAAGCGCUGCACCGCCGCCGUCCCAUACGAGCUGGAGCCCCCCGCCGCCGCCGCUGCCGCUGCCGAGGGCAUGCCGCCCGCCAAGCGCCGCCGGGAGCGCGUCGUGCCCUCGCGGUUCCGGGACUCGGCCGUCGCGCCGCCGCCCGCCAAGAAGGCCUGCAAGCCCGCCGCCGCCGCCGCCGAGGACGGGGACGGCGAGGUGUACGAGGUGGAGGUGCGCGCCGUCGCCCCGAAAGACGACUCCUUUGCGGUUGGGGCCGUGCAGACUGCGGUGUGGGCAGGCAAGCCGGCGCAGACAGAGGAGGAGCUGUACCGCGCGUGCCGCAACAUCAGCAGGAGCGGAGGCAGCUCGGGCUGUUUCAGUGGGAGCGUCGUCACUUCUGUCAGCAAUGCCGGUGGGAAAUGCGCGCCGGAGGAGAGGCCCGUGGUCGUCACGCCCACCAGCAAUGCCGCUGCUGGGAAUGCCGUGCCGGAGGGGAGGUCCCCGGUGGUGGAGUGCAAGCCGAAGCAGGAGGCCGAGGUGAGGCGAGAGGAUUUCUACUGGCCAGAGGAUUUUGUGCUCGGGGACGUGGUGUGGGCAAGGUCGGGGAAGAAGAGCCCUGCAUGGCCCGCGUUGGUGAUCAACCCGCUGCAGCACGCCCCGGAGGUCGUGCUCAACUCUUGCGUCCCCGGCGCGCUCUGCGUCAUGUUCUUCGGUUACUCUGCCGGCGGCCAGAACAGGGACUAUGGAUGGGUUAAGCAAGGGAUGAUCUUUCCCUUUGUGGAGUACCUAGACAGGUUCCAGGGACAAUCUCUGCACAAGCUUAAGCUCAAGCCAAGCAAAUUCCGUGCAGCAAUUGAGGAGGCUUUCCUUGCCGAGCGUGGCUUUUUUGAGCUCCAGAUAGAAGGGGUCUGCUCUCUGGAUAAGUCUGUUAAUGAGCAUUCUGUCGCUGAUGGCGCACAUGAAGUGACCGGUUCUAAUAACGAGCAGGAGUGUCAAUCUCAUUCCCAGGUUGUUGUUAAAUCAUCAGCAUGCUGUGAUAGUUGUGGUAACCGUCUCCCAUCCAAGGUUUCAAAGAAAAAGAAGCAAGAAGCAGAGCAGUUACUUUGUAGGCACUGUGAGAAGCUAUUGCAGUCAAAGCAAUACUGUGGCAUAUGCAAGAAAAUUUGGCAUCACACAGAUGGUGGAAACUGGGUAUGCUGUGAUGAGUGCCAGAUUUGGGUUCAUGUAGAAUGCGACCAGACAUGCAGUGAACUGAAGGAUUUAGAAAAUACUGAGUAUUUCUGUCCUGAUUGUAAGUCUAAACGCAAGAGAGUAUUGAAAGUUGAACAAACGAGCACGUCCAACAGUUCAGAAUUUGCCAGCACUUCAAAGGAAAAAUUGCCUGAAUCCAUACCUGUGUGCUGCUUUGGGAUGGAAGCAUUGUACUUACCAGAGAAGCACAUGAUAUUAUGUGAAUGCAAGUCUUGCAAGAAAAGGAUGAUGACUCUGAAUGAGUGGGAGAGGCAUACUGGCUCAAGGAAGAAAAAUUGGAAGAUGAGUAUUAAACUUAAGGGCACUGGGGAGCCACUAAUUGACUUGCUUCAUGAUAUUCCCGGUGGGAAUUUCAAGUCUUCUACCCCAGGUAUUAAGAAAGAAGAGUUGCUUUCAUUACAAGCAAACCCUUAUAGUCCAGUAUAUGCUAAAUGGACAACUGAACGUUGUGCUGUCUGUCGGUGGGUUGAGGAUUGGGACUACAACAAAAUUAUCAUUUGUAACAGAUGUCAAAUAGCUGUCCAUCAAGAGUGCUACGGAGCUCGUGUCGUACAGGAUUUAACUAAUUGGGUUUGUCGAGCAUGUGAACUGCCCCAACAAAAAAAAGAAUGCUGCCUAUGCCCUGUAAAAGGUGGUGCUCUCAAGCCAACUGAUAUUGACCAACUGUGGGUUCAUGUCAUGUGUGCCUGGUAUCAGCCUAAAGUCUCAUUUCCUGUUGACGAGACAAUGGAGCCAGCUAUGGGCAUAUUGAGCAUCCCUUCUGAGUACUUUAAGAAGACAUGUAUCAUAUGCAAGCAGAUACAUGGGGCCUGCACCCAGUGCUACAAGUGUUCCACUUAUUAUCAUGCAAUAUGUGCAUCAAGAGCUGGAUAUCGCAUGGAGUUGCAAUACUCUGAGAGAAAUGGUAGGAAGGUGACUAAAAUGGUCUCCUACUGUGCGUUUCACAGUACUCCUGACCCAGAUAAUGUGUUGAUAGUGAAGACACCUGAUGGAGUGUUCUCCACCAAAUUUUUGCUCCAAAACAAUGAGAAACAAUCUCCUGCAAGACUAGCUAAGUGCGAAAAUCACCAGGAGGUGGUUUUUCCUUCUGAAAUUUCUGACUGCCCAGCUGCAAGGUGCCUACCUUAUGAAAUGUUGAAAAACAAGAAACAACAAGGAGAGGCAGUUGCCCAUCGAAUAAUGGGACCCCGACACCACUCUCAGGAUUUGAUUGAGGCUUUGAACACAUACAUGGACCAGAAGGAUGACCGACCUUUUGCUACGUUCAAAGAAAGGCUUCAAUAUUUACAGAGAACUGAAAAUAAGAGGGUCUCUUGUGGUCGAUCUGGAGUACAUGGAUGGGGGCUCUUUGCUGUUAGGAAAAUUCAAGAGGGGCAAAUGGUUAUCGAGUAUCGCGGGGACCAAGUCAGGCGCAGUGUUGCUGAUUUGAGGGAAGCACGAUAUCACAAGGAAAAUAAAGACUGCUACCUGUUCAAAAUAAGCGAAGAUGUUGUGAUUGAUGCUACGGAGAGAGGAAACAUCGCCCGUAUAAUUAACCACUCGUGCAUGCCUAACUGCUACGCGAGGAUCGUGAGCGUUGGCGACAACAAGAGCCAAAUAAUUCUGAUUGCCAGAAGAGAUGUUUCAGCCGGAGAAGAAUUGACGUAUGACUACAAGUUUGACCCCGACGAGUCGGAGGAUCGAAAGGUUCCCUGCCUGUGUAAAGCUCCUAACUGCCGUGGGUACAUGAACUGAAGUGCUUGCUCACAAGGACUAACCAACCCCAAUUACAGUGGCGAAGCGCCACAUUCAUCCAAGAUUCUUUCAUCAUCUUGUGCAUGGCCGUCAGUCAUCAUGCAACCAGCGUGUGUUUUUCUUUGUAUUUUAGUCACAUAUAUAAUUUUGCUAGAUAGCGAGGAAGGUGUUACCAGGCUAGAGAAAAGAAAAAGCAGUUUAACUGGCAGCCAGGCAUUGUAAAUUCUUCAUUGCUGUAAUAAAUUGAUGCUUUCUUUCUGUGAAAAAGAAAAGAAGAGAAAGGAAAAGGAAUCCAAUAGGAAAGAAAAUGCCCAAUUGUUGAUGCAAUGCAUUUGCUGAUAUGAACAGCUUAUUUAACUGAUCUUCUCUGUUA